AGCGAAUACAAACAAAACAUGUCGCACCGCGAUUUCUUUAAUGGAAAUUAAUAAAAAGGAAAAGGAUGUUCUGAUAUUCUGAAGAAAAGGAUGAUAUUUUUCGAAUUUAAUAAUGCGAAAAAAUUAACGAAACUAUACCGAUGAAGCUCUGAAAGCGACUGACAAAAUUGAAUUCCGGUCGGGGGAGUUUUAAGACUUCAUUUCCUUCGCUCUUCCAUACGGAAAUAACCAGAGCGAUUGUGGAGGAUUCGAGUGGAUCCGAGAUCAGUUCUGCUCGGGUGUCGGAAGCAGUUACGUGUUCCGAGAAACCUGUAUAUAAAAAAUGACGGGUAAAAAGUCAAAUUUAUCCGUGGAGUUUGCUCAAGGAAAUAACAGUGUCAACGAAGUCACGGACAAAGAACGACUUUCUCGCGGGGAGUAUAUACAAAAAAUGAAAUCAAUCGCCGGUCACGUUGGACUUUUGAUCACCCUUAUGCUUUACACGGCGAUCGGAGGUUUAGUUUUUCGGCACAUCGAACUUCCGGCGGAGUUAGCGCGGUUAGAAAAUUUGCGCGCCAAUUUGCGCGUCCAUAGAUACUCGUUCGUCAACUCGAUUUCUAACAACACCGAUGUGUCGAACUUGCGAACAUUGGUUAACGUAAAGUUACGUGCUUACGAAGAGGCCGUCCAGGAAGCAGCACAAGGUGGAUUGUUGAUCAAUUUUGUGACAGAUACGUUCGAUCAAGAAGAUCGAGAUACAAGUGUAUUACCGCCGAUUGUCACCGAAAGAUGGAGCGUUUUUCAAGCUAUCUUUUUUGCAAGCACUGUCGUUACUACAAUCGGAUACGGAAAUGUUGUACCUUCGACCAGUUGGGGAAGGUUAUUCUGCAUUUUGUUUGCUUUCGUCGGAAUACCAUUGACAUUAAUAGUUAUAGCCGACUUAGGUAAACUAUUCGCCGCGGCUGUCGUCAAAAUCGGUCUGGCAGUGAAAUCAAAACUUCCGUUUUGCUUUUCAAUUCCCUGUGUACCGGCAAAUUCAACCGGAAGGAAAUCACUCGGAGCCUUGGCAGCGGUUCUACUUUUGUUCUUAUACCUUGCAUGUGGCGCAGGUAUGUUUAUGUUAUGGGAAGACGAGUGGAACUUCUUUGAUGGCUUUUAUUUUUGUUUCGUGACCAUGACUACUAUAGGAUUCGGUGACUUGGUGCCGAAAAAGCCGAAGUACACGUUACUCUGCACGCUAUACAUUCUGGUUGGAUUGGCGUUAACGAGUACCAUUAUUGAACUGCUGAGACGACAAUAUGCUCAAUCGUGGAGAAGACUACAAAGGCUUAGCGGCCCAUUGGCGGAAACUUUACGAAAACUCGGGGAACAGGCUGGAGGUGACAUGUCCGCUCUUCACUCGGAUCUCAGGAAAGUAUUGACGGUGAUAUCGAUGCCACGUUUAAAAUGGUCGGCCUCGUUCAGUCGAGGAGACUUGAAGGACCAAGAAUGGGAAGAGGCGGUAGAAGCUGUGCUUCGAGACAUCGCUGCGACUACAAACAACUCGCAAACGAAGAAAAAACCGAUAGUCCAAAUAGUCAUUUACGAAUCGAGCGUAUGACCGGAAACUUGAAAAAAUUGUAUAAAUAUUUUAUGUCUUAUACAUUUCUGUAUCAGACUCAAGUCCACUUUUGUUAUUUUUUAAAAAAGCAGAAGCUCUUACACGUUACAUAGAAACAGAAACAGAAAAGCAUGGACUUUCAGGUACAGAUUUGUAUUCGUAUUUUCAGACAAGUAUAUGUCUGCUCUAUAUACACAAUUUUAAACAAACGUUUAACAACGUUAAACAAACGUUGCAUAAUACUUUUUAUACAUUUGUUUUCGUGCUUUCGAGAAAAGUAGUUUUGAAAUAAGUAUUUAUUCGCAGAAUGUAGAUUCCUUUCGCAUGGAAGAAUUUAUUUGAGCUAAAUUUGAUUGUGAGCGAUGCACGAGGGUUAAAAAUGUUGACAAUUGUUUAUACUACCCGCGUAAUCUGCGCGCGCAAAUUGAUAGAACCGCGAAGGCGCAGAAGGUAACAAUUCUGAGUUCGAUCAGUAGUCCUAAUGUUGGACCGACCGGAUCGACAAAAACAAUAAUUUGUCAAGAAGCAGUUACUAUAUUUAGAAUUGGUGGUACCGCGCGAAGCAGAACAGACAAGGUUGUUCUGCGUUCGUCGUCGGCUUUUGCAUAGUGACGACUGCGACAGUGGUACAGUAGUAAUCAAGAUUCGAUGGUCCAGAUCAUGCAAAACAGAACCGAGAGGCCAUCGGCUAUCGUGUGCAUUGCGUACCGUGUGCGUAUUUAAAUCAAACUCUGUUCUCGUAUCGGACAGAGACAGUCGCAGUUGUGUUUGCACUUGACAGUUUCGUGUUAGACAAAUUUUAACUAUACAUACGCACAGAUAUAUGUGUGUAUACAUAUUUAUGAAAUAUACCAAAUGAUUGAUUAAAAGAAAAAUAAAUAUUAUGUCAUAAACGAAUCGUUCAUCAAAAUAAUGUUUUUUUUUUUAACAGUUCGUUAUUGAUCUGCAUUAACCUUUUUAGAACUGCUUCAAAAUAACGUAAAUGUGUAAAUUUUUAUUAUCAAAACUGUAUCUUUAAAUGGAAAUUAUUGUUUUGCUUCAUAUUUUUGACGUACUCGAGACGAGGACUUAACAAAUACCGAACGUGUUGCUAGCCCUUUGUAUUACGUCACGCCGUUCACGUGCGUGGGUAUAUAGCGUUUUGCGCGGCAUUUUUGAAGUUGUUAAGGGUUGCAUCAAAUAAGAGCGUUAUUGUGCAGUCUCGCUAUAUGAAUAAUGGCGGAUCUCCACCAGUGUACUUGAAAGUCCCAGUGAAAAGGAAACUCGCUCUACGAGCCCUAUAAAAUGGAGUCGUAAAGCGAAACUACACUCUACAUGAAAAGUAAAAAUAAUGUUUUUUUUCGAUGCGAUUUUGGCGCGAAUAUUUAUCACUGUUUAAAGUAAUUGCUCGAAACUAAUUUGAGACUGCAAGUAGAUGGUAACUGAAUUUUUCUUAUUUAGCAAAUGAGUACUAUGACCGGUAUUAAAGAUCCUACCGAGCCACCGAAAGUGGAAGAAGUCAAACCAGAGAUCAAGCAAACCAAUGUGAUUGUUAAAAAGAGUUUCGCUGAUUUUAUUGAUUUCACUAUGAAAAAUUUUCUUCAGUUCUCCAACGAAAUGAUGGAGUCUUUCAGGUUGAUGUUAGAUAAUUUUAAAGCUCGGAUCGAAUAAUUUCAAGAACAGAACCAAUAUAUAUUUAUUUUCACUGUCUACGUAAAUGGACUGAACGCGGGCAAUAAGAUAGACAGAAUUAUCAACGUUUUGUUUCAUAGAUUUGUUUCUCAACAUAUUGUGAUUGAAAACCAUGUAAUAUUUAAAUUUACACACACAUCGUAAAAUAAAAAUUAUUGUGAAUG